AAAACAUAACAGGAUAUACUUUAAAAAGAGUUUUGUAUGUAACCCACCAACCAUAUCUAUUUGCCAGAGAGAAAGAGAGAUAUGGAGACCUGGUUCAUCAUCAUCAUCUCCCUGUGCAUCUCAGCUCUCAUCAAACCCAUCUUCAACUUAGUCUUCCCUCCUCCCACUUCCAACCACAAGGUCAAGAAGAAGAACCUCCCUCCUGGACCCACCACCAUCCCACUUAUCGGAAACUUCAUAUUCCUCCGGAGAAAUUUCUCCGAAUUCGAAUCCGCCAUCCGUUCCUUCCGGGCCAAACACGGCCCCAUCAUCACCCUCCGUGUCGGUUCCCGCCCGGCCAUCUUCAUCGGCACCCCUGCCCUGGCCCACCAAGCCCUCGUCCAGAACGGCGCCGUCUUCUCCGACCGGCCCAGGGCCCUCGCCACGGGAAAAGUCAUCAGCAGCAACCAGCACAGCAUCAGCUCGGCCGGGUACGGCCCCACGUGGCGUCUCCUCCGCCGCAACCUGAUGUCGGAGAUUCUCCACCCCUCCCGCGUCAAGUCCUACUCCGCCGCCCGCCAGUGGGUUUUGGAAAUCUUGUUCGAACGCCUCGUCGGGUCGCGGUCGGCGGCGGAGGGGGUUCAGCUGGUGGAUCAUUUCCAGUACGCCAUGUUUUGCCUUUUGGUGUUGAUGUGUUUUGGGGACAAGUUGGGUGAGAAGCAAAUCAGGGACGUUGAGAGGGUUCAGCGCCAGAUGCUAGUGAAUUUUAGUCGGUUCGACAUUCUCAACAUUUGGCCCAUGCUAGGUAAGAUAGUGUUUCAUAAUCGUUGGAAGGAACUCUUACAGCUACGUCAGAGUCAAGAAGAUGUCUUAAUCCCUCUUAUCAGAUCCCGAAGGGAAGUUGUUAAACGACGACAACAGGAGAAAACGGAAUCUUACAAAGAGAGUGUGGUGGCAUAUGUGGACACCUUGUUGGAUCUGGAGCUUCCGGAUGAAAAGAGAAAGCUCAACGAGAAGGAGAUGGUGAGCCUUUGUGGCGAGUUCCUCGAUGGAGGCACCGAUACAACCUCCACCGCAUUGCAAUGGAUCAUGGCCAAUUUGGUCAAGUACCCUCAUGUUCAAACCAAGGUGUACGAAGAAAUCCAUGGCAUUGUGGGCCCAUCGCCGCAACUCAGAGAGAAGAAUGAGAACAUGGUAAUGAUUAAGGAGGAGGAUUUACAGAGAAUGCCGUACUUAAAAUCUGUGGUUUUGGAAGGUCUUAGGCGCCACCCACCGGGGCACUUUGUCUUGCCCCACACGGUGACCAAUGACGUAGAAUUGGAUGGUUACCUGGUGCCCAAGGGUGCGAUGAUCAACUUCAUGGUGGCGGACAUCGGGUUGGACCCAAAGGUGUGGGAUGAACCUAUGGAGUUCAAGCCUGAGAGGUUCUUUACUAAUACUAUUAGCGGUGGCGAUGGGGCACCAGAUUUGUUCGAUAUAACAGGAAGAAGGGAGAUCAAAAUGAUGCCGUUUGGGGCAGGAAGGAGAAUUUGUCCAGCAGCUGGGAUGGCUAUGCUUCACUUGGAGUUUUUUCUAGCGAAUUUGGUUUGGUAUUUUGAAUGGACCGCUGUGGAAAGAGAUACCGUUGAUCUAUCGGAGAAGCAGGAGUUCACUGUCAUGAUGAAAUAUCCACUGCGGGCCCACAUCUCCCCUAGAUGGUUGUCUCAAACUCUGUAAAAAUGAUUAUUGGGUAUCUAACUAUAAUAGUGUGCAAAUAGAUCAUUAAUGUACGUUGAAAUUGGAAUGUUGCUAGAUAUGUUUGAAUUGAAGGCAAAGUCAAGCAUUCAGGAUUGGGCAUUUUAGCAGUACUAGAUUGCGGACGCUCUGUUAUCCUGCUAUUUUGUCUUGACGAUCCAGUGUAUCCAUGUAUGUGUAUAUGCUUUCAUGUGUAAUAUUGUCAGAAGGUGAUACUGUUGAUCUAUCGGAGAAGCAGGAAUUUAUUAUCGUGAUGAAA